CUUCCCGUUAUUUCGAUGUAUUUUGCUAAAAAGACAAUGCAACGGUGGGAUAGGCGUGACCUAAAUAAAACCGGUAUAUUUGUGGUCCUGGAAACGUGAGAUCACGAUGCACUACUCAAACAACUACUUUCUAAUUUCUAGGUGUUUCCUUUCAUAAAUUCAACUUCGAAGCAUUCAAACGAAGACUAAUCUUCUGAUCGCCGCUUGCAUCACAUUUGUUUUCUCAUAACCACAAAUACGUACGAGCACAAUUUGAAUCAUGACCAUAGGUAUCGUCAGUCGUUCGUCAAAUCACCGUGCAGCGCUGGGUGAUCGAACGAAUGGUCUCACAACUUUGUCCGCGAACGACAAUGGGAACUUGAAUCCAGCGAUACUACCUCUCAGAACCCAAAGAAAGCUCCAGGUCUUUGUCAAUGAAGCUAGUGCCACCACUGUGACAAGCAUCGACGCCUCUGAGUCGAUGGGUAAGAUCAAAGAUGUGACUGAGCAUGACAAAGUUAUUGAUCACCUAACCACCAUGAAGCUUGUUGAAGWUUUUUCGAAUUUGACCUUGGACGAAAUUGCGUCAGACUACAGAUCUAUUAGCACUGGUGGGGAUGGGCGCCCUAGCCUUGUUAGCGUGAGUAGCCUACUUUAAGUAAGACAUGUAUGACCUGCAAAAAAGUUUUCCAAACAUCUCACGCUAAUCUUUAUACAACUAUUCUUCAUCGGURCAGCCAGCGUAUUCGGAAGAACAUUUCGACGGAGAUGAUAAUGGGACCGAUGACGACCAAGAGGUGCUUAAGAAGUUUCGAAACUCAUCCGACCCCAAUGGAUACUCUAAAACUGUUACUUCUGAAACUGAUGAGCAUGCAAAAGCAGUUUCUAAUGAAUACGUCUUUUCGGAUGCUUUCGUCGAAUCGUCAGCUCGGAAAGUUCUUCGUCCUUUGGAAGGCGAAUCAGCCGUCGACGCAAUGAAAAACAURAAGAAAAUCUGUCUGAAGGCAAUGCACAACGCUGGUAAGGACUGGAAGUCUAUCAUAGAAGGCAAAGACAAAUACAAUCUUUURUCCGCUGAAGAAAUAAAAUCGAAAAUCAUUUUGAAAACAUUGUUCGUGUUAGGGGUUCUGGAUGUCGUUGGGGACACCAUGUCUAGCAAUAUGCCACCUGCUAUAAUGAAAUCCUGCUCGCUGGGACGUAAAAGAGCAAUAGAAUGGAUUGGAGCGAACAAGAUAGAAGAUAUGUGGAUCCCAAAGACUGGGACAAUCUAUCAAUGGUACAGCGAUUUUACAAACGGUAGAUUUUUCAGACAUCCAGAGUUUGCUUUGCACACUGAAAUGCAAUCUCUGGACCGCCUCGACGAAUUUUUUUCCAUGCAUCCAGCGAGAAAGCGAGCUUUCAAGGCUCAUGUUCAAUCUGUUUUGCAAGAACAACGAGCAUCAAUUCGCGACUUAUGCCACGAAGACGCUGAUACCAUGGUGGUGCGGGAUGGAACACUGCUUGGCAACGCGUACGACUUCUACUGCUAUUUUGUGAAUGACAUUCUGCGCGAGGCAUCCAAGAACACAUCAGAAUCCAACAGAGGCACCAAUGAGAUUAAAGAAGCUGGAUCGACCAAAGAAAGUGUAGAAUUGGAACAUCGUCUGGCUUUCUUCAGCUUCGAAAGAUUGACUUGGCAACAUAUGAACACUUGGAUGAGCCGAACCUGGGGAACUGCGAGACACAUGGCUGAUCCUUCUUGAAGUCCUAAAAUUAUUUCGUGCGGAACGUAUAUCCUUGCUUUUACCCGAUCGACGCGUGUACCGUUCGUGUAGUUGGAACCAUCACCAGAAAAUACAGGUUUUGUAUCAGAGAAUGAGACGGUUCUCGCAGUUACGAAAGACCUCCUUAAGGCAAAUUAAUGUAGAUAAUCAAU